GCGCGGUUCACGCGGCCGACCCCUCGUGCUCGUUGCUCUUGUCGUGUCUGUUCUCUCGUGAACCGUCCCUUGCCCCUUCACGCGCUCCCUUCCUUCCUUCCUUCCUUCCUUCCUUCCUUCCUUCCUACCUCCGUCCAUCCCUAGCAGGUUUAUCCACUGACGAGCAGCGAAAAUUGAGAGGCGGCGCAGAGUUGCGUCCGACCGGUGUGUGACUGACGGCGUCCGACGAAAAUUCUCUCGGGUCCUGUCCAGGUUACAUCUAUCGACAAGUUGUUAACAAAGUCCCGGGUCAACGAUUCUCUCUCUCUCUCUCUGUCUGCGGAGUAUCUCUCUCUCUCGCGCGCGACGAAGGAAGAGAAUUUAGUUAGUUAGUCCUCUAACUAGAGCGGGUUGCGCGCUGCAAGCCGCAGUGCCGCCUGUGUUAUCCAGCGAAUUUCCGCCGCGUGUACGCGCAGUGCAAGUGCAAAAGACUCAUAGAGAAAAGGGUUCUUCAGGCAGUUCCACACGCUUAUUGACAUUUUAAGCGACACGAUCGCGUAAGUGAAGUCGAACGCGCGAUGCAGCCGAGAAAAAAGAAGAGCCGCGAACGGCGCGUUACGAUCUGACGAAGAGAAAACGUUUUUCACGUGGAAUUACGACGGAGCACCUUUCCGUUCUCGAUAUAAAUUUGACACCCAACCUACUUCGUCUCGCUAAAAGUCUAGACAGACGGAGGUUUAUAAUCCGGACGGAUUAACUGUCCGCGAAUAAAUUUUCCGACAACCUGCGUCACGCUUUUUUCUCCAACGUUAUUAUCACCAUCGUUCGUUCUCACCUCGGGGAGAGAGGGGUCCGUUUUAUUAUCCUCUCAUAAUUCCAACUUCUAACAGUUCUCGACGCAGCUUUUCUAUUCUCGGUCGAAAUUAACGAAUCUCCAGAAAUGGAUGAGGACGACACCGAGGACGUACGUGACGCGGUCACGCUGAUGAAUCGGCUCUCAACGAAGGUUACCUCUUCCUCCGCAAAGUUUACAUCCACAAUCAGUAAACGAGUUCUGCGAACGCAGGAAUCGGCCGAGGAUUCGGACACGAUGGAAUGCGCAUCCGAGAACGAAGUGGAGAACUUGCCUAAGGACGACGAUAAUACAUCAUCGAUCCGAACGCGUGACAGAACAUAUGAAAGAAGCCGUUAUUCGCUCGACGUGCCAGACGAAAUGGAAUCUUUGAUAGCGCGCAGAAAGAUGAUGUCGUCGCUUCACGUUAGCGACGAAUCCAAGUCGUACGGCUCGUCAAGACUCGGUUUCUUUAUGUCGACCAGUCGCAGCCCGCAGUCGAGCUCAAGUCAGGAGGAGUACGAGCCCGAGAUAAAGAGCAUCUCGAGGCUGCAGAUGCAACAGCAACGCCAGCAGCAGCAGCAACAACAGCAGCAACAACAACAACAACAACAACAACAGCAGCAGCAACAGCAGCAUCUGUUAACGGCAGGCGGAGGCCAGGUGAUCGCCAGAUCGAUGGAGAGUCUGCGAUUGUCGCGGAAUUUUUUGAGUGCGGACGAUCGCUACAGCGAAGAUUCCAAGUCGAUGGAAUCGCUGUCGUCGUCCUCGGAGACGCACGUCGGUUCGUCCAGAAGUCACUACAGGAGCUUUCUUACGUCGUCAACGAAAGACAUGCGCAGGGUCGUUACGGUCGAGUCAAAGAGCAGCGACAAUCUCCUUCAUCGGGAAGAGAGUCUGAACGCCGAGGUGCGACGCGGUCUGUUCGCCAAUACCGGUCUGGAGCGAAAGAUACCGCAACAUCUGAGUCUACCGCCGCCGACCAAUGUGUUUUCGCUGACCAGCCCGGGCGGGAGCGAUCGAAAGAUCACGAUUCUGAGCCCGCACUCGCCCGUGCAAACGUCCGAGUUCCAAUUCUCCACGCAGACGCUCAAGAACCGGCGCAAGAAGGCCAUCGUAUUGCCGAGGUUGGUGUUGCCCCGAAGCGAAUCCGAGGUCUUUCUAGAGUGA